GCUUUUGCCUUACACAGAUGCAAAAUAAAAAGAGAAAAAGAAAGUAGGUUGAUUUUUUUGGGCCAUUUGACUUUUCCUAAAAUUCUAUAAAAUUCUAUCAACUUAGACAUGAAGGACUGAUAACAGCUUUAUACCUCCUCGGAAGUCAUUCAGCGGUUUUCUGACUGAUAAUGGCCAGAAAAGGACUGUAACCCUGCUUUGAAUCUGAUAGAAAGAAGAAAAACCUGUCAUGUACUGAAGAUUAAUCCACAGUAUUAAAAACAUCACAACUUGGAACACCAUGCUGUUUAGGCUAGAAGAAAUUCUGAAAUGGGUUGGAAUCACCAUUUUUGAAAUAUGGCUACACCUGGUAUCAGUAUUUGUGUUUUCCUUCCUAGCUGUCUUUAAAUAUGAAGGCUUCAUUCACUGCAGCUGGUACGAGGCAUUUAUUCCUCUGUUCAUAUGUGACGGGCUCUGUGCUUAUUUUGUGAUCAUUGUGUAUGUGAGGAUGUACCGAGAUCGAUCGUCAGUUAUUCGUCUCUUGUCGUCACUACUCUCCAUUGUUUUACUGUUUGUAUUUAAAGUGUUACUGUGUCAGAAACUGAACAAGGAGAAGAUAAUUACGUACUCCGAAGUAAUGGUUCCAUUAUUCGCCCUAGUUGUUAUUGUCAUGUUCAGAUCUUGUCAUGUAAAUAACUAAUGAACUACCAGGGAAAACACUCAAUUUGUGUUCUGUAAAAUUUAAUUUACUAAAUUGUCAUUCCAUUAUCAUGAUUAUUGUAGAUGGACAUUUAAAUUCUCUUUAAGUUAGUGUUUACUUGAUAAGAAGUAUAUGUCCAUUAUCUCUCUUUCUUUGAUAUAUUUCCAUAGUCAUUGAAUAUAGAUGUUUGAAUUGUUGUAUUUUGUUUAAACUUUAUUUAUUGUCUUUAAAUUCAUUUUUCACUAAAUGCUUUCAUUCUCUUUUGCAUCAAUGAGUGUAUUAAAAAUUUGCUCACUUUAAUACAUUGUAUACAGAUAUUUUCUUCAGAGGGGAUCAGGUUCCCUAAGAUUG